AUUUUCCGGAGAUAAAAAUUUCUCUAUAUUUCGUAUUUUUAAUCACAACGCCUAAUAGUGAAAGAAAUUUUUAUUAUUAUUAUUAUUAUAAUAUUAAUGUAGUGUAUGCAACUAGCAGCAUCCUUUAGGAUUAGGAAUAAAGGACCCCCACAAUCUUGACCUAUAAUGGACAAUCAUUCCCCCAUUCUGGAUCUUAGAUCUCUGUUUAUCACCUGAUCAUAUUUACAUCUCUCUCUCCAAUUACAUCUGUGUUACUGUUUUAGCCCCCCGCCCCCCCUUUUUUUUUUCUGUCUCAAAAUUGACACACUUCUAGUCUUCUACAAUCUACGCAGAAGACACACAAUAUAGUUUUCGAGUCUCAAAAACAACAAAGACCCUUUUGCUUUCCCCUGUCUCCUCUGCACAUGGGCUUACCCAUACCCGAUACUACUACUUCUUUGUUGCAGCAGAAUAAUUCCACCAAGGCCUCACUGUCACUCCAAAUUUCAUAGCACAUCGUCACUAUGCUAGUCUUCAGUAUCAAAUGCUCAUUUUUCUCAAUGCAUAUCUCCAGAUAUUUGAGUGUUCAUGCAGGGGAGGAGGAAAUCAUUUAAAUGAAGAAAGAUUGUAUUUUUCGAGAGGAAGAAGGAAACAGGGGAGAAAACUCGAGGUGGGUUGUUCGCAAAAGUCGAAAAAGUCUGAAGUUGGGUGACAAGAAAUGACUCUGACUGCGGUGUUAGCUGCUGUAUAUUACUGUGAAAGAUUUGAACUUUGUUGAAGGGCUCUAAGAAUUUGUAGCUGUAGGAAUAAGGCCUAAGCAAAAAAACAAGGAUUCUAUAAAGUUGCAAUAAGAAAGCGGCAUGAUGUCUUCUGGGAUUAAUUUGGUGAUGACAGUUAUUGGAUUUGCAGUUAGUAUUCUUUUCAUUGUGUUUGUUUGCACAAGGCUUAUUUGUGCUAGAAUUCAAAUGAGUGCAGCGAGGCGCUCUAUACGUGGAGCUACCAGAUCUGAUCUUAGCGUUUUGGAACGAGGUCUCCACGGAGUUGAACAUGUUAUUUUGUCCAACUUUCCUACGAAGAAGUACAGUGAUGGUUUCUUCUCAUCUGCAGAGACUAUUCAGUGCACAGUGUGCUUGGCUGACUAUAAUAAGGAAGACACCUUAAGGAUACUGCCUGCUUGUGGACAUUUUUUCCAUGCUUCAUGCAUCGAUGCCUGGUUGUACCAGCAUUCCACAUGUCCCGUGUGUCGGAUAUCUCUGCGUGAAGUUACUGAGAAAAAACGUUUUAUGCAACCUCUGUUCAGUUCAGCCAUUAGAGGAAGUGCACAAUCGACUAACUCAAAUACCUAUGGCUUCUCCUCAAAUGGCCAUAGGAUUUCAUUCCCGACACUUGACAACCACAGGACGGCACCAGCCCGUGGUGAGUGUUUUCAUUCUGAGGGGGGCAGAGCAGGAGAUGGAGAAAGCCGGACUAUCUGUGAUGACUGGGAUGUAACAAGAAAGCCGGAAAACAAACAGGUAGAGACCCCAUCUAGUGCUUAAAACUUCUGCUCUUCCCCAAUGCCAGACUUGCAUUUCAAGAGUUGGGAAAGAUUUUGUUCAACAAGUUCACAUCUGCAGGCAUAUAUAUAUAUAUAGGGGGGUUGUUUGCUAAGAGGUGGAGUUUUCCUUGUGUCCUUUCCCUGUAAAUAUAUUAGGAAUUCGUUCUUAAUCUUGUUUUUCUGUUACCUGGGUGAUUUUGUUAGUUUCAGUUGCCGAUGUGAUAGGAGCUUUCUCGCGGCAUUUUUGUUGUUGUUGUUGUUGUUGUUGUUGGUAAAGUGUUAGUUGGAAAGUUUGUGUGGGUGGAUGAGUUGUGCGAAGCUAAUGUAUCAAUAAUAUGUUUCUAAGUCUUUGGUGAUUUCAACCAAUAUGUAUGCUGUAAAAGCUUGCUUCAACUCAGAUCACUGAUCUUGGAAAGCAGUGAUUUGGCAUGUGGAUAAGAGAUUGAGAGUAUAAUAUAUGAAGGAAAGUGGCUACAAUUCUCUUUUAGGGAAAUGGGAAUAGGAAAGGGCAGAUUGGAAAUGGCCAGUAUGUGAGGAAGUGGUAACGAGAAAGGCAUAUUUGCAAGCAAGUGGGUAACAUGGAGAGCCAUUAAUGACCCCUAGACCUAGAGCAAGAUAAAAAUAUUUCACAGAAUUUACACGUUAUUAUAUAUUUCUGUGAUGUGGAUGGUUGUUUUGUUUCCACAGAGCUCACACAUAAAUGAAUGCCUCCAGACUCCAUUCGUCCUCUCGUGGCAUGAUAAUUGUGACGUCCAUUACAUGGAAUCAAAAUACUUGGUCUAAUCUUAAACAUCGGAUUCUUCCACCAAAUUACUGCAUUCGCCCAUCAAACAUUGAAUCACCCGUCAUACACAACCAAGUAGUACUAGUAGUUAUAUCAUCCACACUACUACUCCUACUCCCUCCAUUUCUUUUUAUAUGUCUUUCUAGAGAAAUUAUCAAAACCAAU